AUGACAACAUCUCCGGAACCUCUCGCUCAAAUACCAGCUUCAUUCGCAACUGUCUCAGUUGGCACAUCUUCCACCCCUCUCUCCUCCAAACUAUCCGCCAUAUCCUCAGCAGGCUUCACAGCCAUUGAACUCGGGUUUCCCGAUCUACUCUCUUUUGCAUCUAUCUUUCACAAAAGAGAAAUAAAAGAAAAUGACUACGAUUCAUUAUGUUCAGCUGGAACAGAAGUCAAAAAGCUAUGCGAGAAAAACAAAUUGGAAAUAUUGAUGCUACAACCAUUUUCGAAUUUUGAGGGUUGGCCGAAGGGCUCAGAUGAGAGGAAAGAUGCUUUCGAAAAGGCAAAGGGCUGGAUUCGAAUCAUGGAAGCUGUGGGUACGGAUAUGUUGCAAGUGGGAAGUUCGGAUUCACCGGACAUAUCGUCGGAUUUCAAUGUUUUGGCGGCGGAUUUGAGGGAAUUGGCUGAUAUGCUUGCGGAACAUAAUUAUCGUCUUGCUUAUGAGAAUUGGUGCUGGGCGACGCACGCCCCAACUUGGUGCGAAGUCUGGCAAAUAGUCCAACUCGUCGACCGUCCCAACAUCGGUCUCUGUCUCGACACAUUCCAAACCGCCGGCGGCGAAUACGGCGACCCAUCCACACCCACAGGCCUCAUAUCCCAUCUAGGAACCCAGGAAGAACUACACACGAACUUUACUCAAUCCCUCCACUCACUCACUACCACCAUCCCCCCAGAAAAAAUAUACCUCCUCCAAAUCUCAGAUGCUUAUAAGCAACCAGUUCCCAUCCCCGAAACCCCACGGGAAAAAGAAAAGGAGGAAUUGAGAGCGAGGGGCAAAUGGUCCCAUGAUUUUAGACCAUAUCCAUUUAAUGGGGGUUACCUACCCAUUGUAGAAGUUGCGAGAGCAGUGCUAGGAACGGGAUUUAGAGGUUGGUUUAGCAUGGAGGUUUUUGAUGGUGGACCGGAUGGAAAGUGGAAGGGGGUGGAGAAUAUGGAUUUAGAGGCAUUUUGUAAGGGUGCUAUGGAGGGACAUAGGAAGUUAUUGGAGGAAUGUGGGAACACGUCUGCGUUAGUAUAG